AAGGUUUAUGUCAAAUUACCGCUUUUGCUAAAACAGCUGUUCUCCGCAUUUUUGUUUUUAUGUUUUGUACUUUCGUGCUCGAAGCAUGGUCGCCGCUGCUGUUGUGGGCGUCUAUUUAGAAUAUACGUCAACUUGUGUGCGCUAGAUAAGCGGCCAGUGCAAACAGUAAUUAAGAUAUGCCCGUAUAUAACCAAUACACGCCGUGCAAUCAUAUCGUCGCCGCUAGUUGUCAUUCUAAUAAGAUUCCUGCCAGACACGGAUCGCAUGUCGUGUUGCUUCAAAAGAACUGCAUGCAUAAAUAUUUAGCGUAGCAUGAAAUAUGCUACAUUUACGAACAAACGUGUAAUGUUGACAUCGGCGAAUUUAUUAGGAAUGCAAGAAACGUGAUCGCGCCGCGCACACACACACACAUGUGUAUGAAAACUCAACAUAUGAAAAUUGUUUGAUUUAUGCUUGCCUUAGCUUAUUCCCUUAAUGUAACCAACAAUCUUACUAGACUUUUUAAUAUAAUCAACAAUUUUAUUGAAGUGUGUUAAAUUAAUCAAUCAAAGAGUUAUUGCAUCCGGCCGCAAGCGUCGCCAAUUGGGAAAUUUCCCAAAUAAACACGAUCCAAUUAGAAUUGAUGUAUUGCUAAUAGCCACGAAUUGGAGUAACAAGGAACAGCCGCAAAAUGAAGGCCACCAUCAAUAAGGAUUUGCUGCCCAUGAAGGCGCAUUACUUUCUCUAUAAUGCCGGCACCGCACCAGUGGUACCCUUUAUGCCCCCGCUGGCGCUGCAGCUGGGCUACUCGCCGGUCGUGGUGGGCACCAUGUACACGAUACUACCGAUUGUUGGCUUGCUGGCGAAGCCGAUCUUCGGUUACAUAGCCGAUCGCUAUCAUCGCCAUCGCUUCCUCUUCCUGGCUAGCCAGCUACUCAUCGCCGUGUCCUUUUUCAUGAUAUUGUUUGUGCCGGCCGCCGAAAAGCCACAAUUCCACUGUCACGCCGGGGUGUCCAACAUACGCUACUGCUCCAACUAUCCCAAGGAUGCAAAACAGAAUCUGGAAACAUACUACGGCAAUCGGACCUUAAGCUGCAACAUGUAUUGCCAAAUGGCGCCGGAUAUGUGGGAUAUUGUAUGUCAGUUUUGGCGUCCAGUCAAUGCUUCUCGGAACCAGGCGAGCAAUUGCGAGGCAAGCCGUUCGAAGGCUUGGAUCAACUUUACCACCUAUAUCAACGCCAGGGAUAUUAUCGAGGAGGAAUCGCUGGACGGCGGCAAGUGCCUCAAUUUUCUAAUACCGCACGAUCAGGGCAUACUGGAGUCGCAGAAUGUGACACUCUAUUGCCCCAAGGAUAGGGUCAUGUUCCAGCCCAGCUGCCAGAUGGACUGCAACGAGCAAUAUCUCAAGGAACUGCUGCCCGAGAGCACAAUGAUCAAUAUGGGCAGCGCCAUCGCCAUGCCAGAGUUCUGGUUCUUCUUUAGCAUGCUGAUCAUCAGCUGGAUAGGCAUGGCCGUGGUGGUGAGUAUUGGCGAUGCCAUAUGCUUCGGCAUACUCGGCGAUCGGCAUCAUCUGUAUGGCAAGCAACGCUUGUGCGGCUCGCUGGGCUGGGGUAUCUUUGCACUGCUCGCCGGCCUGCUGGUUGAUGCAAUGUCGCAUGAGGGCAGCUCGGAGAAGAACUAUACGAUUAUCUUUUGGAUGACGCUGAUCAUAAUGGGCUUUGAUAUGCUGGCCUCCACCAAGCUGAAGCACACACAGACUCACAUGUCGGCCAACAUACUUAAGGAUGUGGGCCAAAUGUUUCUAUCGGUGCGCUGCGUCGUCUUCUUUCUGUGGUGCGUGGCCAUCGGUCUGUGCACAGCGCUGAUUUGGAACUUUCUGUUUAUCUAUCUGGAUGAGCUGGCCGAGCACUACGACAAUGGCACCGACUUCAUUACUACGCUGGAGGGACUGGUUAUGGGCAUCCAGUGCUUUGGUGGCGAGCUGCCUUUCUUUUUUAUGUCCGGCUGGAUCCUAAAGCGCAUUGGGCAUGUAAAUGCCAUGAGCCUGGUGCUCUUUGGCUUUGGUGUACGCUUCCUUUUGUACUCUAUGCUGCAGAAUCCCUGGUAUAUACUGCCCAUUGAGCUGCUCAAUGGCCUCACCUUUGGACUCUUCUAUGCGACAAUGGCCUCCUAUGCCAGCAUCGUUGCACCGCCUGGCACCGAGGCCACUAUGCAGAGUCUUGUGGGCGCCAUUUUCGAGGGUGUCGGCGUCUCAAUAGGCAGCCAAAUUGGCGGACAGCUCUUUGACGCAGUCAGCGGACGCACCACCUUUGAGAUAUUUAGCAUUGGCGCCUUCAUAGUGUUUAUUAUACAUGUCUGUGUCCAAAUGUAUCUGAAACGCAAAGGUCCGGAUGACAACGGCACUGUCAAAUAUUUUGCACCGACAGAUGCAAUGCACAUGCUGAAUGAACAGGAAUACACAAAUAGUAUUAGCUAAGCUGCUCCCCUCUGUGAUCUGAAGUAUUCGUAUCCUGAUCAGUGAGAAUCAACACACAAUCAACCAAGAAAACCAAAACCAAAACAACAAAAACAACAACCACAUUAUUGCUGCUGCUCAGUUGAAUGGCAAUUUAAAGAAUUGCUUUAUCGAAUUGCAUGUUGAAUUUUCAAUAUUCAAUCUUAAUUGUAUUUAUAAUAAUUAUAUGUAAUUUUACUUUAAUUGAGUAACCACACACACACAAACAAAAACACGUAAUUGUGCAUGCUUUUAGCAAACAUUAGCUUAGUUUAUGCUCUGCAUAUCGUGAAAUCUCUUUGACAAUCUCCAACAUUUCCAUUUGGCUAUUUAAGCGAACGCUGUCAACUUAUCACGAUAUGCAGCCGCACACAAAUUUAUUGGCAUGUUUAUAAAUCUCUUGAAAAAGUCAAAGUUUGUAAUUGUCGUCGUUUUAGCGCUGUGAAUGUUUAAAUGUUAUAUUUUGUACACUAUUAGAUACUUAAAAUGAACAAUUGGCAUAUCAAAAUUGGCUUCACUUGCAUGUAGCUUCAUUUCAAUUAUAAAUAUACUGUGAAAUCUCGAAAGUAUUUACCAAAUUAUAUACAGAACAUAUACAAAUAGUUAGCAACUUGUUUGUAUAAGUCAAUUAUGGGCUUUAAUCCAUAGAUAAACAUUUAAAUAAUAUAUGUUUAAUUAGCUCUAGUUCUAGAUUCUUGUCAGCGUUUGCCUUACCCAUGUUUGGGCUCGGCAACUUUGUAAUUACUUAUGAUAGCUUAGACCUACAAAUUUAACUACUGCAACUGGCCGCCUAUGAGCGACUCCUCCUGCUGUUGCUUUUCGAGUUUGCGCUGGUAAUCGCGCUGCUUGCAGGUGGCCACGUUGGCGGCUCGUUUCUGUAAUCAGUAAUCAGUAAUCGGUAAUCAGAAAGAUACGACAUCAACUUAGUUAUGAUUUAACUUUUGCAUGUGUACUCUACAACUUUGUAAACUGUUGAUUAUUAUUUUUUAUGGUUUUAUGCAACAAUAAAGUUACGUUCUUUUGGGUUUCAUUUUA